CUCUUCUGAAAACAGUAGUCAGAUCGCCCCGAUCGCUAUAUUCUAGAGAGAUAAAAUAAAACAUAAAACUGAAAUUUUUUAGUAGAGAGAAUGUUCAAAUUCCUGAAAGACGUCGUCGCCGGAUCCGUGGCCGGCGUUAAAGAUCUGCCUUACAAUAUCGGAGAACCUUACUCUUCCGCCUGGGCCUCUUGGACUCACUCUCGCGGCACUUCUAAGCUGGAUGGAUCCCCUGUAUCAAUAUUUUCACUCACGGGAAGUAAUGCUGGUGAUGGACGUAUAGCUGCUGCUCGUAAUGGUGUCAAACGGCUUCGAACAGUCAGGCAUCCAAACGUUUUAUCGUUUCUUCAUAGUACUGAGGCUGAAAUUAAUGAUGGCUCAUUAACGAAGGUCACUAUAUAUAUUGUCACUGAACCUGUUAUGCCCCUUGCAGAAAAAAUUAAGGAAUUAGGAUUACAAGGUACAAAAAGGGAUGAGUAUUAUGCCUGGGGCCUGCAGCGGAUAGCAAAGGCUGUGAGCUUCCUCAAUAACGAUUGCAAACUUGUCCAUGGUAAUGUUUGUUUGGAAAGUGUGGUUGUUACUCAAACUUUGGACUGGAAGUUGCAUGGUUUUGAUGUUCUUUCUGCAUUUGACGGAAACAAUGAAGCAUCUGCUGGACCAAUGCUGGAAUAUGAUUGGCUUGUGGGUGCACAAUAUAAACCAGUGGAGCUGGCAAAAUCAGACUGGGCUACUAUUAGAAAAUCUCCACCAUGGGCUAUUGAUUCCUGGGGUUUAGGCUGUCUCAUUUAUGAGAUAUUUUCGGGCCUAAAACUGAGCAAGACGGAGGAGCUGCGGAAUACAGCAUUGUUACCCAAGUCUCUACUUCCAGAUUAUCAGCGCCUUUUAAAUUCUACGCCUUCUCGUAGAUUGAAUUCGUCAAAGCUUGUGGAGAACUGUGAAUUUUUUCAGAACAAGUUGGUGGAUACUAUCCAUUUUAUGGAAAUACUUAAUUUAAAAGAUAGUGUUGAGAAGGAUACAUUUUUCCGUAAGCUUCCAACUCUAGCAGAGCAACUGCCUCGUGAAAUUGUGCUAAAGAAGUUACUUCCUUUACUUGCUUCUGCCUUGGAGUUUGGUUCAGCCGGAGCACCAGCUUUGACUCCUUUACUGAAAUUCGGUGCUUGGCUUUCACCAGAAGAGUUCAACAUAAAGGUCCUACCGACAUUAGUGAAACUUUUUGCCUCCAAUGAUCGAGCUAUUCGAGUUGGUCUCUUGCAGCAUAUAGAUCAAUAUGGGGAAUCAUUUUCCGCUCAAGUUGCUGAUGAGCAAGUUUACCCUCAUAUAGCCACUGGAUUUUCAGAUACAUCUGCCUUUCUGCGUGAAUUGACUCUUAAGUCAAUGCUAGUUCUUGCUCCAAAGUUAUCUCAGCGCACUCUUUCUGGGUCACUCUUAAAAUAUCUUUCAAAGCUCCAGGUGGAUGAAGAACCAGCAAUCAGAACAAAUACUACCAUACUACUUGGAAAUUUGGCGAGUUAUCUUAAUGAAGGGACACGUAAGAGAGUUUUGAUUAAUGCGUUCACUGUUCGUGCUUUGAGGGAUACAUUUCCUCCUGCACGAGGAGCAGGUAUAAUGGCUCUAUGUGCAACUAGUUCCUAUUAUGAUGCCCAAGAGAUUGCUGUUCGUAUAUUGCCGAACGUUGUUGUACUUAUUGUAGAUCCUGACAGCGAUGUUCGAUCAAAGGCAUUUGAAGCAGUUGAACAGUUUUUGCUGAUAGUGAAGCAGUUCCAUGACAAGACACGUUCAGGAGAUGCCGGUGAGCUUACAAACUCAGAAACUUCAUCACAUUCAGGCAAUGCGAGUAUACUAGGAUGGGCCAUGAACUCUUUAUCUAUCAAAGGAAAGCCUGCUGAACAUACUACUCCGCAUUUGGCUGCAAGUUCUAGUGCACCAAAUAUUUCUGUGGUUGCCAAUGCCAGCACAGUGGUACCAGAUAUCCAUAGUACACCCAUGGUCCGAGCAAGUUCAUCUGCUGACAUAGUCGAUCAACCUGCCCCCGAGUCACCUACCUCAACUGAUGGAUGGGGUGAACUGGAGAAUGGUAUUACUGGAGAUCACGAGAAUGAUAAAGAUGGCUGGGAUGAUUUUAUGCCGCUUGAAGACCUUAAUCCAUCUCCAGCUCUUGCAAGCAUCCAGGCUGCUCAAAAGCGCCCCGUUGCACAGACAAAACCACCGGUUUCAAACAUGAGAUCAAAAACGUCAACCCACGUUACCAUUAAUGAAGAUGAUGAUUUAUGGGGUUCCAUUUCUGCCCCUCCUCCUAAAGUAGCUUCAAAGUCUCAAAACGUGAAACCCAAUGCCCCGGUUGAUAAUGACGACCCCUGGGCCGCCAUUGCAGCACCACCGCCAACCACCAGGGCCAAGCCUUUAUCCGCUGGUCGUGCCCGAGGAUCUAAACCUGCUGCACCAAAAUUAGGUGCUCAAAGGAUAAACCGGACGUCUUCCUCUGGUGUAUGAUAGGUUUUUGGUUAAAGGAACUGAUAAAUAGAAAAAAAGAGAAGAAAUUUAUACGAAGUAUUGUAUAUUAGUGUUAUUACUAAUUCUUUGUAAGUGGGUUAUUAAAAGAGUAACUAAAUGAGUUCGUCUUUUACCCUAAUCAACAACUGUUUUAAUACAAAUUGUAUUUUACUUCACUCAAAAUAUUUGAUUUGUAAUAUACAUACCAAUUUAUAUUCAUUCUUUCCAAUCAA